UGUGUCUGUUUGGGAAGGGAGAGAGAUCACAGCUGGCACAGAGAGCAGCCUUUCCAUGCAAGUGGUGCUGGAGAGUGUGUGGAGCUCCACAAGGCCAGCCACAGACCCAUUCCCCACUGCAAUGUCGAGAUAGCAGUCGUGUUCAUUGUUUGUCAUUAACAUCUGACUUUCCUCCUAGGGAUUGAUUGAGCAAAUCGUUAAAUACCUGCUCUGAUGUAGUCGGAACCGGAAACAUGACUUUUUGUGUACAGUUGCUAAUGAGUGAUCAGGGAUGAUAUAUUCAUCCCUGACUACUUCUUGCUCACACUGGGGCAUUGUUACUGAAGACUCGAGGGAUGUUGGCAUGCUAGCCAAGGCCAGGAAGAGCAGACUGUCUUCACUGGCUCUGCAGGCUAUGCACGACCUUCUGGGGUCAGGCAAGUACAGGCCUCGUUGUCCCAGUCUGUGAGCCUGGACUGCCUGGGCUGGUGCUUUGGAACCGUCCUGGAUGCAGAUUCUGAGGGAACACCUGGAGCUAGCAAGUUGCUGGCACAGUGUGUAGUUGAUUUGAAACCUGCUGGGACAGAUAGACUAGGGAGAGAAGGUAAGGUUAAGGAGUUGAAGGGAAAAUUUUUAUCCAGGGUGUACAUUUGAAAUUUCAGGCCCACAGUUGUUGGGGAAGGGGAGCCCCAACCAGGGUAGGUAGUUCCUAAUCUCAAGAGUAGGCAGAGGUGGGCAAACGUAGGUUGUUGUUUGAUAGUAUUUAUCUGGAGUGUAUUUGACCUAUAAAAGGUAGAUUUAAGUCAGUUCCCUGAACCUCACAAGAAUUUUUAAAGUUUACCGAAAGAGAUGAAAGUUUUAGAUAUAUUAGAAUUACCACUGUUUGUAAUCUGUACUGAAAUCCACAUUGCAGAAAAGGCAGUAUACUCACACCUUUGAGUCAUAGUAGAAGCUUGGGCACCCAGAAAUGUAUCUGGGUUAAAGGCAUUAACACUCUUUCCAGAGGGUUGGAUAUAUAAAUUGGACAGAGGUGUUUUUAGCACAGUGAGAAGCACUUUAUGUCUAUCCUUAGAAGACAACCAGAGGAAAUUUAAAAUUUUGAGCUUGUGACUAUGGUAAUAGUAGCAGUGCUUUACCGGGGCCUAGAUUAACAGCUUAUCAGAAAUCCAUUAAUUAAUGUUAAAACUCUGAGCUUUUGAAGUUUUAGUAUAAUAAUAGCAUAGUGAAGGACGAACUCUGAAGCAUUUUUUAAUAUACCUUAAAUCACUUUCUUUGACCUUUACAGCUUGUAUUUACAUACCUUAAAAUACUUUCUUUGACCUUCAGAAUUUACAGAGAUCAAGUAGCCCUAGGGAAGUGAGGCUUGAGGCCGGCUGGUUACUUGCGAAGAGAACAGAGAAGGCAGCAGAAGCCUUGGAGGAGGAGCUGCUCUGCUUGCUGCUGUUUAACUGACAGCUGUCCGUAGCCUAAUUGUCAGUGCCAUCAGAAAGCGGAGAGGGAUAAAUGUCCCUGGAGUAAAAGCAGGUUUGAGGAACCAUUGGCCAACUUGCUAAAUGAACGACACCGGACGGUGAAAGAGCUGCUUGAACAACUGAAAAUGAAAAAAUCUUCCUCCAAACCACAGCCUGAAGUGGAGAGGCUGAAACCUCAGAAGGAGACGGUCCAUCAGGCUCUGAUUCUAGACACAGCACAGAGGAGCAGGCUUCAGCAGCAGAUGCAGCAGCAUGUGCAGCUCUUGACACAAAUCCACCUUCUCACCACCUCCAACCCCAACCUCAGCUCCGAGGCCAGCACCACCAGAGUAUUUCUGAAAGAGCUGGGAACCUUUGCAGAGAACUCCAUCGCCCUUCACCAGCAGUUCAACCCCAAGUUUCAGACCUUGUUCCAGCCCUGUAACUGGAUGGGAGCUAUGCAGCUCAUUGAAGACUUCGCACAUGUCAGCGUUGACUGCAUUCCUCAUAAAACGGUCAAGAAGACUGCCAGUGAAUUUCCCUGUUUGCCAAAGCAAGUUGCUUGGAUCCUGGCCACAAACAAGGUUUUCAUGUAUCCAGAGCUUCUUCCAAUAUGUUCACUGAAGGCAAAUAAUCCUCGGGAUAAGAUCAUCUUUACCAAGGCUGAGGACAAGUGAGUUUACUGUGAGGAUGAAAAGAAUGCAUUAUCGAAAGACAAGACAGUUGCUUUUGAGAAGCAUAGGUGAAAUAAGAUGUGCAUGGUAAGGACACAGACCAAAGAAAAGCCGUGUAGAUGGACAGAGUUUCUGCAGUGUCUUUUGCAGGACAUGCCACACAUGUUGUGGUUAAAACUCUUUAUUAUUAUUGUCUCAUUUUAUGUAUAAUGGUGUUUGGCCUGCUUGUAUGUCUGUGCCCCAUGUGCAAAGCAGUGCCCACAGAGGCCAGCAAAGGGAGUUGGAUUCCCUGGAGCUGGAGUUCUGCACUGUGGUGAGUCACCAUGUGGAUGCUGUUCUCUGACCCUGGGUCCUCUGGAAGAGUGGGCUGUGCUCCUAAGCCCUGAGCCCUCUCUCCAGCCCUCCACACACAUUUGUGAAGCAUUUAAAGGCACUGUUUAACCUUUGGUUUAUUGUAAGCCAGUCUUGUAGAGGUGCUGAAAGCAGAUCUUCAGAGUAAGAAGUUUCUACCCUAAUGUCCUCCAGCCCAAAGACAAUGGUUCUUGUUUGUUUUACCCUCUUGGCCUUUUAGUUUCUGACCCUCCUCCUCCCUCCUAAAUGGUGAAAAUACAGAUGUGAGCCAUUAGCCCGGUGUUUGUGGUGCUGGGUGUUAAACUCUGGGCUUCAUGUUGCUAGGAACUGUAUGAGUUACUGCCUUAGCUCUCUCAUGGCAUUUUGAUAGAGCUUCAGUAAUUUAAAUAAUUUUAUAAUUAGGUUUUUCAAAAACACAAGGCCUUGUCAGGGGCUGGUGCACACACCUUUAAUCUUAGCACUUGGGAGGAAGAGGCAGGUGGAUCUAUGAGUUUGAGUCCAGCCUGGUCUGUCUAGCAGGUUCCAGGAUAGCCAAGGCUAUGCAGAGAAAUCUUCUCGUGAAAAACAAAACAACAAAACAAAAACAAAAAGAAAAAAUUAGGACUUCAAAUUGUCAUUUUAUUCUUUGAUUUAUUCAUUAUUAUUGUGUGAGGCAGACCCUUCUGUAUCCAUCAUAGAACUUGAAAAGGUCAUGUAACUCAACAUAGCCUUGAACUUUGAAUCCUCUUGCCUCUACAUCCUAAGAACAGGGUUUUGUUUGUUUGUUUGUUUUUGGUAGUAGGGUUUUGCUUUCUUGUUUUGUUUUGUUUUCGAGGAGGGAUGCAGCAGUGUUUUUGUGUAGCACAUGUUGGCUUCCAGCUUAAAGCAGUGCUCCUCCCUCCCCGCCUCCCCAGGGUUUGAUGCAGGAGUGUGCCUUCAGGCCUGGGACAGCUCACUCUGUGACAUGCUGUGCUCCUUUGUUAUUAUUUUUGAAUGCGACCCUUCUCAUUUGUGUUUGGCCAGUGCCCUGUCUCUAGCACUGACUCUGUUAUCUUUGAAACUAAACUAGGGGGCGCUGGAGUUCAGUCCUGUGGCCUUCCGUAUGGUAGGCAAGCGCUGUAACCCAUGAGUUAGUUACAUCACAGCCCUUGUUUUUUGAUACAGGGUUGUGCCAUGAACCCAGGCUGGUCUUGACCCUGUCGUCUCCUGCUUCAGCCUCCUGGGUGUUGAGA